ACGCAAAGAAAAUUCAGUCAUCAGCGCGUGUCCAUCGAGUCGACAGUGAAAAUGUGCCAGCGGCGGUUCUACUUCACAAAGUACACCAAUUUCCAUAAGAACCACAUCAAGUUGUUUGCUGUUUAUAUGAAAACGGCAAAUCUGAUGCAAAACUUCAACGUGCUCAAGCGUUCGCUAUAAGCGCUGCUGUGGCCUCUUCCUCCU